AUGAAGAUCGCGCAUCUCUCCCUCGGGCUGCUGUCCCUUCUCACGCCGCUCACGGCCGCGUGGAGCAAAGAAGGCAAGGCCACAUAUCGUGAGAUCUUCCGACUCCGCCAUGAAAUAUCCGCAUACGAGCCCAACCCUGAUUCGACCUUUUACGACAUACUUGGCGUGCCUCCCACUGCCUCUGCAGAUGACAUCAACAAAGCCCUUCGAAAGAAGACUGUAGCCCUGCACCCCGACAAGGUCGUGCAGCGCUUGAAGGCCAAACAUCUAAAGAAGGCCGGUGGCAAGGGAAAGAAGAGCAGUGUCAAGCCUCCGACUGCGGCCGAGAUCAAGGCUGCUGUGAAGCAAGCUUCGGAGCGCCAGGCCCGGCUCAGCCUGAUUGGCAACAUCUUGAAGGGUCCGUCUAAAGACCGCUACGACCACUUCCUCUCCAAUGGAUUCCCUCUCUGGAAAGGCACCGAUUACUACUACAACAGGUACCGGCCCGGCUUGGGAACUGUCAUGGUUGGCCUUUUCGUCAUUGGUGGUGGCGCCAUUCACUACCUGAUCCUGUACAUGAGCUGGAAGCGGCAGCGCGAGUUUGUCGAGCGCUACGUCAAGUUUGCCAGGGACACAGCUUGGGGCGGAAGUCUGGGCAUUCCGAACCUUGAGCCUCGCGUUCCCCCCUCGGCUACGGCGUCGGACGAUGAGACGCCUCCGCCAGUUCCCCAAAAUCGAAAGGAACGCCGUAUGCAGGAAAAGGAGGCCAAAAGGGAGGGUUGCCGCGGCCGUGCAAAGAAGACUACUAAGAAGACUCCCAACGCCUCUCGUGAUGAUUCGGCCGGCCCUACUGGUGUUCGCAGGAGGGUCGUUGCGCAAAACGGCAAAAUCCUCCUAGUCGACUCUUUGGGAGACGUCUACUUGGAGGAGGAAGACGAUGAAGGCAAUGUCAAUGAGUAUCUCCUCGACCCUAAUGAGCUUGUGCAGCCCUCCUUCAAGGACACCGCUGUUGUGCGUCUCCCCAUGCACAUCUUCGACUUGACUGUCGGCCGUUUCAUUGGUAACAAUGACGCGAUUCCCGACACCCAAACUGCCGGAGCUGAGGAAGUGGUUGAUGCAUCUCAGCAAACGUCCGGCAGCGAGUCUGCGGGCGACGACUUUGAGCUCCUAGACAAGAGCACAGACUCUCUCGGCAAGGCGAAAUCCUCUGGAAUGGACAAGAGCGGCAAGUCUUCAAAGCGCAGGAACAAGAAGCGAUGA